AUGGAGAAUGACAAUCAGAGAGACCUUCAGUAUGUGAAUGAUUAUAAGCCUCAUAAAGAGGUCCAACAUCUCAGAAUUCUGCUUCAUGGACCACCAGGUGCUGGCAAGUCCAGCUUCAUCAACUCUGUGGACAGUGCACUACGAGGCAGGAUGGCAACUCGAGCUCUGGCAGAAACAAAUUCUGAUAAGAGCUUCACCAAAAGAUACAGGACUUAUACAAUCCAGAAAGAAAGACCAGGGAGCUUCUAUCCUUUUGUCUUCAAUGACACUAUGGGUCUGGAGAAGGGCUCUAAUAAAGGAGUUGGUGUGAGUGACAUCAAACUGGUCAUGGAAGGACACGUAAAAGAAGGUUACAAGUUCAACCCCAGCUCCAACUUGUCUGAGAGUGACCCAAACUACAAUGAAUCCCCUACUGUAGAAGAUCAAGUUCACCUUCUGGUUUGUGUUGUUUCUGCCACUUCACUGAGCAUAAUGGAUGAAGACACCGUGGACAAGAUAAAGAAGGUCAGAGAAGCAGCAAGUGACAAAGGGAUUACCCGAAUUACUGGUCUCACUGAAACUGAUGAAGAAUACUCUGAGGUCAAAAAGGAUAUAAAGAAUGCCUACAAGAGCAUCAGCCUGAAGGAACAGGUUUCAAAGAAGACAUUUGACAAACAGAGAAACCUGGAGUACGUGAAUGCUUUUCAGCCUCCUAAAGAUGUACAACACCUCAGAAUUCUGCUUCAUGGACUACCAGGUGCUGGCAAGUCCAGCUUCAUCAACUCUGUGGACAGUGUGUUACGAGGGAGAAUAGCAACUCGAGCUCUGGCAGAUACAACUUCUGCUGAGAGCUUCACUAAAAGAACUUAUAAGAUCCAGAAACAGAAACCAGGGAACUUUUACCCUUUUAUCUUCAAUGACACUAUGGGUCUGGAGAAGGGCUCUAAUAAAGGUGUUAGUGUGGACGACAUCAAACUGGUCAUGAAAGGACACGUAAAAGAAGGCUACAUGUUCAACCCAACCUCCAGCUUGUCUGAGAGUGACCCAAACUAUAACAAAUCCCCCACUCUAGAAGACCAAGUUCACCUUCUGGUUUGUGUUGUUUCUGCCACUUCACUGAGCUUACUGGAUCAAGACACUGUGGACAAGAUAAGGAAGGUCAGAGCAGCUGCCAGUGACAAAGGGAUUCCCCAAAUCGCUGUUGUCACUCAAAUUGAUGAUGAAUGCCCUGAGGUCAAAAAGGACAUAAAGAAUGUCUACAAGAGCAUUCGCCUGAAGGAACAGAUGAAUAAACUAAGUUUGGCACUGGGUAUCCCACUGAACUGCAUCUUUGCGGUAAAGAACUACUGCUCAGAAGUUGAGACAGAUCAUGACACCGUUACACUGAUCCUGAGCGUUCUGAGAAAGAUCAUUGACAAUGGAGAGGAUUACCUGAAUGACAAAACAUCUUAA